CUAGUAGUAGUAUCGGCUACGUUGCCGUCUGACGUGAGAGGGUGAGUCUACUCUAAAACGAGGCUACAAAUAGCAGAUCGACAUCGAAGCAUAGAUCAAAGUUAGUUAUCUAGCACAAUAUUAAAAAUCAAAGUCGGACACUGAAACGAAGUUAAUAUGGAUCCUCCCACAGGUACUAGAAAUCGUAAGUCUAAGAAGUCGAAGCAGCGGAGCAAGAGGCAUCAACAGCCACAGUUAUUUGAUGACACAAGUAUGCAUCCACCCGCUGGCACAUAUGGACAGUCACCUGGCUAUCCUCAAACCUAUCCACAAGGCUAUUCACAGGGUUAUCCACCACAGCAAGCAUACAUGGCACCUGGUACAGCAGGUUACCCUGGUUACAUGCCAACCGGUCAUCCUUCAGAACCUGCUCAGCAUUAUGGCGAACAGAUUUUCAACGAUCCCAUGGCUGCAAUGGCCGUGCAGUAUGGAUCAAAUUUGGCUGGCCAUGGCAAGGAGUAUGUCGCCAAAAAUAUCGACAAAUAUGUUCCAGUCUCACGGCUAAAAUACUAUUUUGCUGUUGACAAUGGUUACGUCGGCAAGAAACUAGCAUUGCUGUUCUUCCCUUUCUCCCACAUGGAUUGGUCUAUUAAGUAUAACCAGCAUGAGCCUGUUGCACCAAGAUAUGAAGUAAACGCUCCUGAUUUAUAUAUACCAGUGAUGGCGUUUGUAACAUAUUUGCUGGUGACUGGAGUAGUGCUAGGAACACAGCAAAGGUUCUCACCUGAGCAGCUAGGUAUGGAAGCAAGCUCGCUGCUUGUCUGGCUGGUCAUUGAGGUGGCCUGCCUGAUGCUUGUUCUCUACAUUAUGAACAUGAAAACCGAUCUAAAGUAUCUUGAUGUGCUCGCUUACUGUGGCUACAAAUACGUAGGAAUGAUUGCGGUUGCUAUUGCGUGUAUGAUUUUUAACAACAUGGGAUUCUACGUUGCAUUAGGCUGGGUGAGCUGCAGCAUAAUGUUCUUUUUGGUGCGCACACUAAAAGUACAGAUACUGCCAGAGGCGGAGGCUGACCAGCUGACAGGGAGCAAGCGACGCAUCUACCUGUUGCUCCUCAUUGCGAUUCUGCAGCCAAUCUUCAUCUAUUGGCUGACCAGCGGGUUGUUCUCAUACCGGCCAACGCUGAUUGGGAAGAUGGCAGCAAGUCUCUAGCACAUCAAAUUUUAGAGGUGCUUUCAUGUGCCAACUGAUUAGGAUGUGCUGGUGUGAUGGAUAUUGCUGCAGCAAUGACACCAUUUGCAGCAUAAGCAUUAGUAACAGCAACAGCAGUAGCAGCAGCAUUACGAGCAAUGAGCAGCAGCAGCAGCAUCAUUACCAGCAGCAAUUCCAGCAACCACCACCACCACCACCAGCAGCAGCAGCAGCAGAAGCAGUAACAAAAGCAACAGCAGCAGCAUAGUCAGUAACAAUACAAGCAACCAGUCACAGCAACAGCAUCAUCACUGCCACCAGCACCACCAACCAGCUGCAGUAGUAGUAAUAGCAACUAGGAGCAGCAGCAGCAGCAGCGACAGCUGAAGUAACAACAGCAACCAGAGUACCAGUAGGGGAGGAGUAACGAUGUAACAACCACCAGCAGCAUCAACAGCAGCAGGAGGAGUAAACAGCAGCAGUAGGUAACUAAUCUAAGUGAGGUAUCCCUUUUCUUUAAGUCAUAAACUAGUUCAUAUUGCACUUGUUGAUCUUGUCUGUAUGUUGCAUCUGCAGUCGUGCAGUAAUUUAUAUAUAACACCAAAUGCCUUUUUUGAUUGAGAAAUUGAAGAUGUUCAAAUAGCAGAUUUUAUGCUUACUUUUGAAUCGCAAGCUAUGGUUAAAAAUAAUUAGUCUGUAUAGCUAAUUAUGCUGGAUAAAUAUUUACGGGAGAAAAAUUCACGUUUAUUGACGGCUUCCACCUAACAGUAUCUAUUGCAAAUAAAUUGUCACAAUAUUUAUGUAAAAUGUUUUAUGUUUUAUGUUUUAUGUUCAUUAUUUAUGUAAAAUGUAAAAUGUAAAAUAUUUUUGUAAAAUGUUUCUUUUCCUGGGAAGAUCAGUUCACCACUAUGAGUAAAAUGUUCUUGCAAAUAAAUGUCACCCAUGUUCUCUUGUGCGUGGGUCUACAAUAUCAAUAUACAUCUACUAGCUUAAAUAAAGUAAUGAUAAGAUUAUGGUGCUUGUAAACAAUUGUUAUCACCGAUCGGAAAUGCUGGGGCAUUAAACUGUGCAAAGGCCAUUUACCUGCUAAUGUGCCUAAUAAACGUCUUCUAACGAAGAUUGAUCGAUUUUAUUUGAAAGUACAGAUCAUCCAUUACCAUAAGCAAGGUUGGAUUGUUUGUUGAAUAUACUUCUGCUACUGAUGGUUGUGCAAGGGAUCGAAUGGUUUGAGUAAAAUGAGGUCAAGUGCAAUA